GCUGAAGAACGAGAGGAGGACCUUCCACAUUCAUCAGUCCAGCAGCAACAGUGGCCAGGACAGGAUGUGUUUUCUCCCAGCGACUCAUGUCUACCCUCACUGACCACAGCUUGUGAGUCAUAUGGGAGUCGUCGCCAUGGAGAUCCUGUGGUCCUUAUGUCUCGUGGUGGUUCUCGUUUCAGUGCAUCCAGCCAAAGCUCGCAGAGGCCUGCAAGUCCAAGGACUCUCCUGUGUAAAUGACUUUGUCAAUAAUGUGAGUUGCACAUGGAACAGUUCCCACAUUGAGCCUGGCAUCGACUGUUGGAUCUUUGGCGAGAAGAAAAGCUGGGUGAUGGGGGAUACGGGAGCCUUCCAACAGCUGCCCAUGAUCCGGAGCUGCAAGCUGAAACAACUGGGAAGUUCUGUUCAGGGCUGCAGUUUUGUCUUUGAAAAUAAAGCGUUCAGCUGCUCUGAGGUGAUGUCCAGCAUCCGUGUGGAGUGUAAUGGGACGGCAGUUGACAGCCUGACAAAAUAUGAACCAUGUUAUCACAUUAAAAUGCACCCUCCAGGGGCUGCCAAUGUCAGCAUCAACGACAGCUGGAUAUCCUGGACACCAGGCAGCCCUCGCUCCAACCUUUUCAUUCUCUUUGAAUUCGAACUGGAAAUCAAACAGAAUCACCAGAAAUGGAAGGAGGCUACCACUCUCCCCACAGACAGACAAGGGGAAAGAAUACCUGACUGGGCGAGGAAGGCAGGGCACUAUGAGGCCAGGGUGAGAGUCAAGCCUUCUGAAAUGUACCCUAACAGCCACUGGAGUGACUGGAGCCCUGUGGCAUCCUGGGUGAUAGUAGGCGACAUGACGCCAGCCCUGGAGGACAAAGUGCCACCUCUGGACCAGACCAGAUUCAACCAGGCCACCUAUUUAGUGAUAGUGAUAAGCCUGUCCCUCUCCUUUUCGCUCAUAGUUAUACUGAUCGUCUGUCUCAGAAGUUGCAUGCGCAAAGGGCUCUUCAAGAGGAAGCCAGUGCCAAACCCCUCUAAGUACUUCCACACUCUGCACUCUGUCCAUGGAGGAAACAUCAAGAAAUGGCUGAAUCCCCAGACAGCAUCAGAAUCGUUCUUCAUAGCCCAGCCAUGCGACCAGAUCUCCCCGGUGGAGGUGUUUGAUGUCUGGGAUGUGGUUCGCUCCACCACACCUUCCUCCACCACCACCGCCCUGCUUCACUGUCACUCUGGCUGCGCCUCCAGUGGCUUGGGCAGCAGUGGUGUUGUCGAACAUUCCUCCUCCUCCUCCUCCUCGCCCUGCUUCUCCAACAUGGGCUACUUCUAUCCCAGCUACCCUAGCACAUCUCUGCGAAUCGAUCCCAGCCCUGACUACUUCACCUAUCGUGAUGAUUUCCUCGACAGCCACAACCUCCAACUCUCCCUCUGCCCCUUUCUUGCUGGCUCCUCAACCUAUGAGGGCUUGCACUGUCCCAAACGAGAGCACAACAUGGAGCCCCACAGCCCAGACUCCGGCUUUGGGGUCGGCAAGGAAGAUCAAGCGGAUUUUGAGGAGGACGUGGAUGUGGGUCAGGAAGAGGUUUCAGGUGAUCAUCAUGACUCACCGCUUCUCAUCUUCCCUCUCCAGCUCCCCUCCUGGAUGUGUCCACCUUCCUCCCCUCCACCCGCUUGCCCCCCUUCCUCUUGUCCACCACCCUGCCACCCUCCCAGUCUCCCCCAGGUACACCCUGACCAAGAUGUACCUGUGGUAGCGCCCAGUGGCAGUUAUGUGUCUUUACCUGUUGGGGGUGCCAUGUGCAGGUCUUCCUCGAUGCCUGUGGAGGCCGGUAAAACAGGGUAUCUCACCCUCAAAGAUCUUCAGACCACCUACAGCAAUAAGUCCAUCUGAACUGCUGGCCAAGUCCAUACCCCAAGAUUUUACACUGAUCCACACCGUCCACACUGCGAGCAACUUGGCUGAUGGUCGCUCUGUUCUGACUGACUGUGGUUUGCGUGACAGUCUCCUGCAGCGAAAGGGUAGCACAGUUUUGACCUAGAAAAAUGAUGUUAUACAAUUAUAUCACAUAGUUUUUGCUGCUUUGGUAUUGCCUUUCAUAACGUUACAUUACCUGAAUGAGUUAACAUAACUAGCUAGCAAGCACUAAUCAGACGGCAUUAAUUAUUAAUAAACAGAAAAAAAAACUAUUGCAACUAAUGUGCAAGCAUCUUUUUGGAGACGUUUAUUCCUGUGGACAUUCAUAUGAAAGCAACUAGGAAGCUUUAAUUGGCUGUUGUCAACUUCUUGCCCAUUUUGCAUUUGUUCAUGAAAUGAAAAUAUAUCAUUUGCAAAACAAAGACGCAUAGAAACCAGAGUGGCUGCUGACAACCAGUGAAGGUCAGCCUAGGCCAACUCUCAGCCGGCAAGAUUGUUCACACACAGUCCCGAGUUUACCUGGACUGCUUGGCCCUAUAGGAAAUUAAUGCUCUUCUGAUAACCUGUUGAUUGUGUCGACUGCACUGCACUUACCCCUGAUUUACUAAGACGGGUGCAAACCAGCAGCACAUGCUGAUAACAGGCAUAAGUCACUAUUAUCAGUUUACCAAGUGAUUUACUAACAGCCAUUGCAAUAUCUGACACAAUUUGCCAAAUAGAGUCCCUGUUUAAACUGUUGCAUCUGAAUAAUCAAAUCCAGCUAAUUAAUUGUUGUUAGUACUUCCAGUUCAGUGAUAGCCUACAGUAAUUACACAGAAUUUCUACUGUGAAUUUUAGACAGGAGAAAAAAUAUCUUGUUUCACUCAAGCCCCGAUGCACCUGCCACACCUGGCACAUUAAAUGAAAUACACUGUAAUCCAUUAAUUAUGUAAUGUCAUCCCUACCUCUGAUUAAUAGGGAAGUGCCUUGUGAGUCGAGCAGCGUGAAUUGACUUUGGAAGCGUAAGCAUAAGUAGGCUGCUGGUAGAUUUAAAAAUAAUUUUUAAGUUUGUGCCUACAUUAAAACAUGCUUUCACUGGGUGGUAAAUAGCAUCCAUAAUUCACGGUUAAACACUGCCUCUCCUUUAGUAAAUCAGGUGCAAGGAGCUGUUAUAAUAAUUAGAAUAAACUCUCCUUCAUUUGUGUGCUUUCUGGCUGACACACACAAAUAUACAUAUUUAUCAGUUCUAAGGAGCAAAGUCUUAGAACCCUGGUGUCCGCCUUCAGCUGCACUCACAACAUUAAUCUCAGAACUGUGACUUUUUACACCAUUAUCACCACCAAAAACCUUUAGUAAAUCAGGGUGUUAAUGAGGGGUGAAAUGACAUUUUACCAAUCUGGCUGAAGUAACUACACUGAAAAUUGUGCCUCACAUUCAGUCUUUACCGCAAUUAUAGCCAUGAUUGUGUCAUAUCAGAACUACUUUGCAUGCCAAAAACCUUAAAAAUGUACAAACAAAUGUACAUGAAUUUGUCGUGGCUACACUGGUGUAGAAAAAUACGGAUCAUGCUGUGUCACAGGGCAUUCUGACACAAGGACACGGACAAGGACGGUAGCACAAGGACAGCCUGAUCUUGAACACAAGGUCAGGCUAUCCUGACGAGACAAGAGUGCUAGGGGCUGUUUGCUGUAAUAUUUCAUUGCAGUUUUUGUAUAAGACAGCCAGGUGAUUAUUUGUUAUAGACUACCACCAUUUAUGUGUAGGAAAAUUCAUUCAGAAAAUUGCAAACUGCCAAAUUCAAACUACAGUCUUGCUUGAACGUGUCUUGGUUCCUUCAUGAAAUGCUGCUAUCAGUCAUGAAGGACACACAUAAAUGCAGUUUUGAUGUUUUUCUUUUUCUGUUUUCUUACUUUAACUCAGAGGCUACAUGAUCAAAUGCUGAGUGAAAUCUAUUAUCCUUCAGCUCUUGAACCCGGGUAAAACUCUGUUGUAUAUAUAUAUAUAUAUAUAUAUAUAUAUAUUUUAAAGUGGCUGGAUGUCAGUGGCAAUUUAUUUUUUUUUCUAUUCCUGGAAAAAAGUACUUUUUGCAGAUUGGUCAGCAGCGGUCAAACUGAUUUAGAUUUUUAUGUCAGCAAUAAUUAACUACUUAUACAAACAUCGCUUUACAGUGGCAUGUUUUCUCGGUGGAGAUUUUGUUGUGAAUGCACAUGUUAAGUUUAAACCAACUGACCUGGUCUAUUACCUACUCAAAGCAUUAUACUGAAUUCUGCCCAUAUUUAUCUGCUGUAAUACAGGGAGGCAGCUGGUUUGCCAUUGCUGUAGUAUGUUAGUUGAGGUUGUCUUGUUUUGUUUGUAUUUACAAAUUAUUUCAUUCAAGAGUUUUAUGUACACAUUUUUGAGAAAAAUUGGCCACCUGACAUUGAUUAAAUAGUACAUCAACCUGGUGUUCAUUAAUCAGUGUUUCGCGUCUAUAUAUCAGUAUCCAUACUUAUUUCACUUAAGGUAGUGUCACCUUUUUCAAGUUAUUUUUUUUUUGAGUGAAAUUCUUUACAAAUAUAUUGCAUUGUCUCUGUAAUCAAAUUUCUAAAAAAAAUACAUGUAAAUCUUUUUUUUGUAUGUCAGACCUUUGCAAUUCAUUCAGGCCAGUGGUCUACGCUGCUACGGUUGUCUGUAUACAUGUAUUUCCACUGUGCAAACACCAAGCAAAAUAAAAGCUCUGGCAGAAAUGGGUCA